UUCAUAUUUUUAAUAUUAUCUUUCUGUUUCUUUUCUCGGGGCGCCUCUAGUGGCCAGUUUCGAAUGGCGGUAAUUUUACAGCGUGGUUUUGUUUACGUCUCGGUACGCGUGUUCUGUUUUAGUUGCUUAAAGGUUUUACUCGAGUGUUAGACAAAUAUGUUGAGGUCGAAAUGCCUAUUCUGAGGACGGGAAUCUGUCCUUUGUUAACGGAAGACGUUCUUCGUCGAUGUCGCGAUGCGGGAAUUACCAGCGUACUGGAUUUCUUGUCCACCGACUCCGAAGCUCUGUGUACGAAAUGUCAGCUCUCUUAUAAGGAUGUGGUAGGCAUUAAUCACGUUCUACGAGCUCAGUACGCUGCUUUUCCUCAAAAUGCUCUUCAUUUAUACGAAGAAUUACUCUCCUCUCUCGCCAUUUUUGGUACUGGAUGCCCCAGGUUAGAUGAGAUUCUCGAUGGCGGAAUCUACACCGGAGAAAUAACCGAAAUCGUCGGUCCUCCUGCGGCCGGAAAAACUCAGUUGUGUCACAGUAUGGUAACUUCGGUCUGUUUGGAGACUCGACAUUCCGCCCUGUACAUAGACACAGGAGGAAGUUUCUCGUGUCGGAGGAUUGCCGACAUGUUAAAAAGUCGAAACGUAUCUCAAAUGGAUGCUGACAAUAUACUUCAAAGAAUUCACAUGGUAAAUGCUUAUGAUGUCUUCGAACUCAUGAAAUUAUUAGAAGAUUUAAAAAUUCAAUUAUGUUCCCAAAGUUUGACACCAUAUAGGAACUUAAAACUUGUCAUUUUGGAUUCGGUUGCUGCGGUUAUCUCCCCCCGCCUGGGCAUACAGAACUCUGAUGGACGAGGAUUAAUGGUGCAUUUAGCAUAUCUGCUGAAGAAUCUCUGUUCUGAUCAUGCACUAGCAGUUGUGAUUUGCAACAACACUGUUCGGGGAGAUGAUGGAAUGUUUAAACCAGCGCUUGGACAGUACUGGAAGUUUGUUCCCUCGGUGACACUGCAGAUGGAGAGAGAUUCUCGGGAUGGGGACUUGCACUCAAACGUUAGAAAGGUCACCACGAAGAAGAGCUGCCGGCAGUUUGUACCGGUUUCCACCAAAAUCAGGAUCUCUCUUUAUGGAAUUGAAGCUGCAGAUGAUGAGUGAAAUACUAUUGGGUAACUGCAAUUAUUUACAUUACGAUUCUUUCCAGAAGAUAAUAAUUCAAUAAUACUAAACAGUGUCCCACAUAAAAUCAGCCUCAGUUGCCAGAAACAAUACUGAUGAAUAGAAAAAAAUAAAAUUCAAAUUCAAACGUAUGGAAACUUACAUGAUAAAAAGAAAGUAAAAAUAAUUGUAUUGUGUUACAGAUGAUAAUGAAAGUGGUGUUCUUAUGCAGCUGUGCAAUUUUGUGUACAAAUAAUAAUGUUUAGACCAAUCUUACAUAAAAUAGCCUGCUGGUGCCCGUAACCUCGGUGCUUCUACAAAUGUUUUCCUUCAAUUUAUGCAUGGUUCUGUGAUUGGCCUCGCAUACUUUUUCUUUUUAAAUAUCCUCUAUAAAAUUUACAUCGUCAAUGUUCUGUCAUCUCGUUUGGGCCAGUUUUAAAUGGGACACACUGUACACAUCGCAGCAUUUAUCUAAGGAGAUAUUUUGCCAAUGGAUGAAAACUUCGGGAGGACUGCAAAUUAUAUUUUUUGAUAAUGCCAUUCUGUUCAGUUUUGAAAGUAGGUUUGUCGUCUAAAAACAACCUAAAAAUGUUUUUUCAAUUUAUAAAAUUAACUGAUUUUAUAUAAAGGUUCUCCACAAAGUAUACAGGAGUUUUAUUUUUAGGAAAUUUUGCAUUGAGGUGUGAUUCUUAUCUAUUAUUACAUUAAAAAAUGUUCUGUUGUAAUAAAAUUACUAAGCUUCCAUAAUGUUAGCAUAUUUUGUAACUUGUUUAGUUUUUAAACAUUUAGUUCAUCACAAAUGGAAAAGUAAUGAUCAAAUAAUUUAUGGAAUUAUUAUAUUUCCCAUUUGAAGAGAAGAAAUGGACAAGAUCUUUAAUAACAGUUUUAAAUUGACAAUUAGGAGUUGACAAAAUGAAAAGCUUGUUUCUCAUUUGCCUACCAUCAUGCAAGGGAUAGACUUACUUUGAUGAGACUGUGACAAAAGUGAGAGUCAACAGUUGUUGAAUGAAAAUGUAGUCAACUGGCAUCUUGGAAUACAGAAGCAGAAUGAGAUGGUGUCCACAGUUGUUGCUGCUGGCAUGGAAUGAUGUCAUCUUGUUAAAAUACUUGAUUUAAAGGUAAAACCGGCUGAUAUUCUUUGCAGAUUCUCAGCAGUUUGGUGAAUUGACCCUAUCACUCUCUAAUGUCUUCAUUUGGGGCAGCAAAUUUUCUGCCUUAAGGCAGAGAUGGUCACAUUUGCCAGUGGAAUCCGCCAGUGACCGACAGGAACAUUUGCCGUACGGAGGAGAUCGUACCGGAUGUUUGGCAUGUGAAUGUGCAUGUUCUAAUCAUAGCCAUUGAAAUAAGUGUUGAGAGCAUUAUUCACAAACACUUAUUAUUUUGGAAAGCAUGUGCAUGAUGGUUUCCUAAAAUGCUUACCUUUGAACAGAAGAGAGUCAGGAGGGGUCAUCAAGACCCAUCUGAAAAGGUUUCAAAGGAGAGUCUUGGAUGCCACGGUGGCAUGUGACAAGACUGUUCAUUUUUUCACCCUAGAGACAAAACGGUUGAGCUUGCAAUGGCAUCAUUCUGGUUUGCCUCCACCAAAAAUCUUCAGUCUAUUGGGAAGAUAAUGGCAAACUUUUUUUUGGGAUACAGAAGGUAUUAUCCCAAAUGAUUUCAUGUUACACAGUGCUAUUUUGAAUGUACAGUACUACAAUUUACUACUUUUUCAGCAGAGAAUUGUAGUACUGUUUCUCCAUUUGCAAAAAGUGACCUGAAAACAUCACCAAAGGCAUCUCUAUUUUGCACAAUAAUGCAUGACUGUUAUAGAACAUCUGACUGUUUCCACUAGCAAAGUUUUAUAUUGCAAGUGCUCGGUCAUUGGCUCCACAGUCCAAAUUAAGCCCCUAAUGACUUUCGUUUGGUCCGUGAACACCCGAGUGUAAUGAAAUUCUUAUCUGACAGAGCUCCAGCAAUGGAGUCCGUGCUCGGGACAAAAACUUCUAAGCUGCUGGCAUCGAGGAGCUACUCCGAUCGCUGCAAAAAGUGUAUUGAUAUGCAGUAUAUUACCAAGAGAAAAACUGAAUACCACCGUGCUUUUUGCAUUCUUUAUAAUGCUGUCAAAAAUUAAAGUUCAAAUCAACCUUGAACCAUCUUCGUACUAUUUAAUGUUAUUACUAACUUGAGACAGUAUUAAGACCAGUUGCAUUAUCUGCUUUGCAUUUUAUAUUACUGUAUAAAUAAUUCAAAUUAUUUUGAGUAAAAGAUUAUUAAUUUUUCUAGUAUUUAAAUUUUAACAUAGUUUGCUUUGAUGCAAUUUAUUGAUUAAUUAGAAAGUAAACACUUGCAUUCAAAAUUUUAAUUAUCUGAUUUUUAACUAGUUGGACUCUUAACAUCAAAGUGGAGUUCUGAUGUACAGUACAUUCAUAUUUACUUCAAUUAUUAUUAUUCUGCUCCAAUAAAUUGUUGUUUGUAGAAAUAAAA